AUGGCCGACGAUUCGGCUGUCACCACGGUUGAGGUUCCCAAUGAGCCCACUUUUGUGGCGUUCUUCAAGUCGAUGACGAAAUGUGACUCAAAAGUUAUUCGUCUCUUUUACCGAGGUGGCUAUCACACUAUUCACGGGGAGGCUGCUGUCAUGGUGGCCAACAACUUUCUCAACACCUGUCAAGCGAUUAAGAAUAUUGGCCCGGAAAAUAAUCAGCUCGAGUCGGUGUCUAUCAGUGAUUCACGCUUUGAGACUUUGCUUCACUAUCUUCUUGUGGAAAAUAACUAUCAAGUGGAGAUUUACACAAAGGGCAAAUCAGACAACGAUUGGAAGUUAAAGUCAAAGGCCACGCCGGGCAAUCUUGGCGAGUUUGAGUACAUUAUCGAUAAGUUUAAUCAUCAAGAAGUGAUCAAUCAGAAUACGGCUGCCUUGUACCUUGACUUUGAAGGCCUCGUGCACUUUGCUUGUGUCAACAGCACCAACUGCACCAUUUCCCUUAGUUCCUUUGCCGACAAUAACUCUUACACUCGCCUGGAAAGUCUCAUUGUUCAACUCAAUCCAAAAGACAACUACAUUCCUGAUCCAAAUUCAUUGAAAAAAAUUGAGAAUAUCGUAAAGAAGCUGGUCAAAGAAAACUUUACCUCUACAACUUUGUCGGAAAUUUUGACUAAUAACCAAAAGGCGCUGAUUCCUUUUAACGGAUUACUAGAACUUCUCAACAUUUUAAACGAUCCUUAUUGCGAAUCUAACUAUCAUCUCAAGACGUUGAAUUAUGAAACAUUUGUUCGCCUCGAUCUGUCGUCCAUCUCAAACUUGCAUCUGUUUCCAAAAAGUAGUGACAAAAGCAAAAACGUUCACAGUCUCUUUCAAGUUUUGAAUCACUGCAAAUCUGCGUCUGGUCGCAAAUUGCUGGAUAGCUACAUUCGCCAGCCGCUAACUAACUUGAAACACAUUGAACAGCGCCUCGACAUUGUUGAAUUUUUCUGCCAAAACCCGGGAGAUAUCACCUCACGGUUUCAUAAUGAUUUUCUCGCCAAAAUCCCUGACAUUACCAAAGUCUACAAAAAGUUCACCAAUGGACGCUGCAAGCUGCAAGAUGUUUUUCAGGUGUUCCAGGUUGUUGAACUAUUGCCGACAAUGCUGGAUGCUUUUGACUACGAUUCAUUGCCUGAAUCAGUAAAGAUCAGAAUCUACGACCGACUAAAAGACGUGCUCACCGAACUGGAGCCUUUCAAAAAGUUGGCCAGUGAAUCAAUUGACUUUGAACACUUUGAAAAGACUCGCCAAUUUUGGAUGAACGCAUCAGUGAACGAUGAACUAGUUGAGCUGAAGAAUGAGAUGGAAGCCUUAGAGCCGCUCGCUAGAAAAGAAUCAAAUGAAGUUUUGCGCGACCUGCAGCGCAAGUUUGAUAUCGAUCGAAGCGAAUUCACGAUGGAAAUUGAUGAUCAAUUUGGCUACUACUUUCGCGUAUUGAAAAAGGGCACAUACUACAAAAUUUUAGACGACAAGUCUUACGAAGAUUUUUGGAUGAACGCAUCAGUGAGCGAUGAACUAGUUGAGCUGAAGAAUGAGAUGGAAGCCCUAGAGCCGCUCGCUAGAAAAGAAUCAAAUGAAGUUUUGCGCGACCUGCAGCGCAAGUUUGAUAUUGAUCGAAGCGAAUUCACGAUGGAAAUUGAUGAUCAAUUUGGCUACUACUUUCGCGUAUUGAAAAAGGGCACAUACUACAAAAUUUUAGACGACAAGUCUUACGAAGAUGUUCCAAAAGGAGGGUCAAUCAAGGAUGGCUUUAUCAGCAAAAAGAUCAAAGACAUCAACAUUGACUUUGACAACUGCUCCCGAAAUUACGAAGAGCUUCAGCAAACGUUCAUUGCCGAGUUUAUUGAUCAGACGCGCCAAUACAUGGAGCCAAUUCUAAAGCUGGAAAAGAUUCUCGCCUACAUCGAUGUGUUGGUAGCCUUUGCAAAGGCCGCACAGCAGGCAAACUACACUCGCCCAAAGAUGCUGCCCAAGGGAUCGGGCCGAUUGGUGUUGAAAAAGUUUCGCCACCCUAUUAUCGAGAUAAUCAAAGACAUGAGCUUUGUCGCCAAUUCGAUCACAUUUGACAAGGAUGCCUUCAAGUUCUACGUCAUCACCGGCCCGAACAUGGGCGGCAAGUCCACCUUCAUUCGUUCAGUGGCCAUCAGCGUGCUGAUGGCGCAGAUCGGCAGCUUUGUGCCCUGUGAAGAGGCGACCAUUUCCAUUGUGGAUGCAAUCUACACGCGAAUCAGCGCCAGUGAUAAUCCCGCCCUCGGCCUAUCGACCUUCAUGUCAGAAAUGGUGGAAGCCGCGGCCAUUCUGCGCUCCUCCACCUCCGAUUCGCUCAUUGUCAUCGAUGAGCUGGGCCGUUCGACGGGCACUUUCGAUGGAUUUGGCAUUGCACAGGGCAUCAGCGAGUGCCUGGCCAACACCACCAAAGCGUACACUCUCUUUGCCACCCACUUUCACCACCUGGCGAUGGACAUUCCUACGGUGGGCCGCCUGGCGAUGAAGACAUCAAUGGUGGAGGAUGUCUUUGUGAAUCACUACGAAGCGGAGGAGGGCACGGCCACAAACUCCUUUGGAAUUGAGCUCGCCAAGAGCGUGGGCAUGCCGGAGCGCAUUAUUCAGCGAGCCGCUUCCAA